AUACCAAAAAAAAAGACAUACAAAUGUAAUUAAUGUUAUAGAACUAUAUUUCUGUUUAAUUUGUUUUUACUGUUGUAAAGUAGGGAUUUGAACUUUUGAAGUCGAAAAGACAAUUAAUAAGCGCAAGCAUCAUAAUUAUCUAUGCUUUUAAGUUCAGUCAUUCAGUAAAUUACAGUGUACUCUGUGUUCAGUAUUUCAGUGACAAGUCUGACAAACGACUGUCAUCUAAUCGUAAUAAUUGUUUAAAAUAGCUAUAGUUUAUUUAUUCCUAGCCGACAAAAAAAUGUUAUUAUAAAUUUAUAUUUAGUUAUAAUAUAUAUAGUUAUAAGCUGUACGUUAUUAUCAAACCCCGUAUCCAAUAAGGCGAAUAGACUUUUCCGACGAAAUGUCUAAGUGGCAAUCUGAGAGAAGUAUUCACGAAAUGCUUAAGGACACACCGCCGCUACGCGAAUCCAGUGAUUCCAUAACAUCGGGAACGGAGGCCAAGUUUCCAUCGUCUCGUUCCAUGCCCUUCCCACCGGCUUACGCCCCUCCAGAUGUAUCACAGAACGGAGCAGCGGGGAACAGCACUCUACUACGAGCUGGCUCUACUAAGAUAGAGUCCAUCAAGAACUGGAGUGUCUCUACGUACAAGUGCACCAAGCAACUCUUGUAUGAAAAGCUGGGGAAGAGUUCGAGGACUGUGGACACUGAGCUGGAGGCGCAGAUCUCGAUGCUGCGCGAGACGCAGCGCAAGUACGCGGGCGUGCUGCGGCUCAGCGCCGCGCUCACGGCGCAGCUGGCCGCCGCCGCGCACACGCAGCGGGCGCUGGGCGAGGCCUUCGCCGAGCUGGCGCAGAAGUCGCCCGAGCUGCAGAACCAGUUCCUGUACAACGCCGACACGCAGCGCUCCCUGACGCGCAACGGCGAGACGCUGCUGGCGGCGCUGCACUUCUUCAACAACGCGCUCAACACGCUCACCAACAAGACCAUGGAGGACACGCUGCUCACGAUCCGCCAGUACGAGGCGGCGCGAGUGGAGUACGACGCGUACCGAAGCGAACUGGAGGCGAGCGGCGGCAAUCCACCCGAACUGCUGCUGGCGAACAUCGAGCGACACCGCCGGCACUACGAGCGCCUGCGGGACGACUCGGCCGUCAAGCUUAAGCUGCUGCACGAGAACCGGGUAAAAGUUAUGAAUAAGCAGCUUCUACUGUUUCACAACGCUGUAUCAGCGUACUUUAGUGGCAACAACGUAGCCCUUGAAGCGGCCGUACGUCACUUUAGUGUUCCGGGAGUACCGUCUCAUCAGACCAGCCACCCUUCCCUUCCAACCGCACAUACACCCCUCCCUUCCAUACAAACCCCUCUUCCUACCACACAUACCCCCCUCCCUUCCACCCAAACCACCCUCCCCUCCACGAGCCCACCCCGGACCGCGUAGGAUUUCGCCCCCUCCACGUGUUGAACAUGACAGGGUUCAACAUAAGUAAGUAAGGAUCAGUCGUGG